CCACACUGAGAUUUGGGUUUACUCGAAUAGCAGUGAUUUCGCAUUUGCUCUUCUGCAAAAGCCUUCCAAACGAUUUAUCAAAGCCUUCUUUCAUCACCAAAGAUACAGAAGAAGACUACUUCAGACUGAGAAUGGAGCCUAGACGAUCUACUCGAGUUCGCCAGCGCCCCCGGUGGUUCACCGACUACGUCGUGGACUUUCCUGUGCGAAGGUCCAGGGUGAAGCCGAUGGUGAAGGUCGAUGAUGUUCCUCAGCAGCCUGAGAAGGUGGCACUGCCUCUUCUAGAGCCUUUACAGGAGCUGCCUGUGGAGAAGCUUAGGCAGGCUGAAGAGGUGACCGAGUCAUCUCCCCAACCUGUCAUGGCUGAUCCUGAGGCAGAUCUUGUUCAGCUUGAGGAAGAGUGUCUGCCGUCUCCUGAGCCUGUCGCAGCCUUUCCUUGGCCAGAGCUUGAGCUUAUCGAGGAGGUGGCGCUGCCAUCACCUCAGCCGUCUCGGGUUCUGGUUGAGGAGGAGGAUGCACAGACUGAGGAGGUGGAAUUGCUGUCUCCCCAGGCUGUUGUGGGUCAUCCUCGGCUUUCUAGCCUCGGUUCACCGGUUACAGAGACUCCUCCUGUGCAGCCAUCACCUGUGAGGGAACCUGAGAGGCGAGGCUUUACAGCAGCAGGGUUGGUGCGACAUUUGGUUCAUACUGCGGAGGUCUCUUUAGUUAGUGGUCUCCUCCUUGUCCCUUUUGUCAGCUCCUUUAUGGGCUUUAAUUUCGGUUUGUAAGGUAUAAAAGUAAUAU